AUGGUUGGCCGCUUUCGUUCAAAAAACAAACGCAACUACGAUGUCACAACUUUCUACAACUCCAGCGACGAGGAGCCGUACGAUGAAUUGAUGAAGGAUCUGAUUAAGUCCAAACGAAAAAUCAAAAGGCUUGCCAAAGAUAAGGCCCCAAAGCCCGAAAAACGUGAAAGGUUGACGCAGAAGGAACGAGCAGAACGCGUCUCCAACAUCAUCGACCUUGUUUUGGCGGAAACAAGUGUGAAGAACGCUGUCUCCCCAUCGUCUCCCGCUGCUGUUACUGCUGCUGGCGCGACUUCAUCUUCUUCCCAAGGCGGUGGGACCGAAACCCCUGUCGUUGUCAAGCCGGCGUUGCCGCCUUCCGGUCGAUCUGCAAACCAGCAAUCAAUACUCUCCAGGAUGAUAGAUGACAUUGGCAGUUGUGUCGUCACUCCACCAAGGGAGGUUCCAGAAUCUCUUUAUGCACAGUACAAAAACGCUGUUGUUAAUAUUACACCACUGGAAGCUUCCUCCUCCGCCAACCUCCUGAAAUUGACUGAUUCGCGACCCUCAGAUUCCUUCCUGAAACCUAUCCCUUGA